AUGCGAUCUGCACCGCUCGAGGCAGAAGACAUCCUAAAUUCAAAGCGGAUUGCUGAGCUGUUCGUGUCUCCCAACUGGAACGCCGAGGACGCCGACGUGGAUAUACAGCUGACGACAAACUGGAUCGCGGGAUGGGGCUGGACGCGUUCUCGCGACGUCGCAGGGCCAGAUCAGAACGGCCUUACGGAGAAAGAGGUCGAGCGCAUACAUUUAGCCCUGCGUGACCAGCUAGCAGACAGAGCCAAUAGGGAAACGGUCUCCUUGCUGCCCGGCGACAUUCAGUCGAGCGUGUAUGGAUUUGAGUGGCUCUUUUGGAGUUUUACUCUCCUGAGAGUUUAA